AUGAACUGUGUCUCUCAGCUGGAUGGACUGUGUCUCAGCUGGAGGAACUGUCUCUCAGCUGGAUGGACUGUGUCUCUCAGCUGGAUGGACUGUGUCUCAGCUGGAUGGACUGUGUCUCAGCUGGAUGGACUGUGUCUCAGCUGGAGGAACUGUCUCUCAGCUGGAGGAACUGUCUCUCAGCUGGAUGGACUGUGUCUCUCAGCUGGAUGGACUGUGUCUCAGCUGGAGGAACUGUCUCUCAGCUGGAUGGACUGUGUCUCUCAGCUGGAUGGACUGUGUCUCAGCUGGAUGGACUGUGUCUCAGCUGGAUGGACUGUGUCUCAGCUGGAGGAACUGUCUCUCAGCUGGAUGGACUGUGUCUCUCAGCUGGAUGGACUGUGUCUCCUCUGGAUGGACUGUGUCUCAGCUGGAGGAACUGUCUCUCAGCUGGAUGGACUGUGUCUCUCAGCUGGAUGGACUGUGUCUCAGCUGGAUGGACUGUCUCUCAGCUGGAUGGACUGUGUCUCUCACUAA